AUGGAUACAAAAUCACCUGAAAUGCUUGUUUUCGAUGAAGACGGAGAUACACUGAUCAUCCUUCCAUACAUCACAUCAGCCACGGAGGCAGCCGACGACCAAAAAUCAAAUAGCAAUGCGGAAAAGAAUGGAGAGAAACAGCCAGCAGACGGCAUACUCAAGACUGUGCGCAUGAAGGUGUCCAAGAAACAUCUAGUGCUUGCCUCCCGCCGUGCGCAAAAACUCUUCCUCGGCCCUUGGAAGGAAACAGAGUCACGAGGCACAGACGGUUUAUAUCAUUGGUUAUUUGAACCAUUUUUUACUCCUGAAGCCUUUGAAAUCGUACUGAACAUCAUACACGGGCAUACAAAAGGGGUUUCUGAUCAAAUUGGACUUGCAACCCUUGCAGAUAUUGCUGCAGUGGUUGAUGACCUGCAAUGCGAAGACGCUGUUUGGUUCAUUGUCAAAUCAUAG